AACGAGAGUAAAAGCACAGUGACUACUACUUCUCUUUUUUUCAUUUGAGUGUUGGUGGCUCAGUGUGUGUGUGUGUGUGUGUGUGUGUGAGAAGACAGAGUACAUGUGUGUCUGUGCUGUUGAAGGAGAUGCUGCUGGGUGUGAUGGCUCUUUUGCGUUAGUAUCCGCGCGGACGGGAGAGUUGGAGCCAGUUGUUUUGUGGGACUCGCGGGGAAUGGCAAACUCCACGGUAUCCUUGGAAACAUCCGACUAAAUGACAAUGGCCGAGGCGAUCUGCUGCACUUUGGUGAACUGUAACUGUGACAGCUUCAAGCCCGGGAAGCUGAAGAGGAGGCAGUGUGAAAACUGCAAGCAUGGCUGGGUAGCACACGCCCUGAGUAAACUGAAGGUGCACCACAUGUACCAGAGCAGCCAGGUGGAGAUUGUGCACUCCAACGUGGUGUUUGAUAUCUGCAGCCUGAUGCUGUAUGGUACCCAGGCCAUCCCCAUCCGCCUCAAGAUCCUCCUGGACCGCCUCUUCUCUGUACUCAAGCAGGAGGAGGUCAUCCAGAUCCUCAACGCACUAGACUGGACACUGCAGGACUACAUACGUGGAUACGUCCUCCAGGAUGUAGCCGGGAAGGUGCUGGACCGGUGGGCCAUCAUGACGUUCGAGGAGGAGAUCGCCACACUGCAGCAGUUCUUGCGCUUUGGCGAGACCAAGUCCAUAGUGGAGCUGAUGGCUCUGCAGGACAAGGAGGGCCAGGCGGUGUUGGUUCCCAGCACCCGCACCAACUCUGAUAUCCGCACUUUCAUUGAGCGCAACACCCCACGCACUGCUACCAACCUCUCUACAUCCAAAGUCGACAAGCUGAGUAGCAGUAGCAUGCACCACUUUGAGAACUUUGUCAACAGCAUGGCCUUCAUGCUGCCCUUCCAGCUGUUAGGCUCUGUUCCUGCACCGUUUCUGGGCUCGCCGGCAGGAGCACCGCAGCACCAGCAACACCAGCAGCUGUGCCGUGGGUCAAUGGAGCAGCAGAGUCAGAGACGAGAUGAUCAAAGCUGCGACGGUCUAGGGAGGGACAACUCCCUCCCUCUUUCACACCCUCUUGAGAGCAGCCUGCUAGGUUCCAGCUCCGUCUUAUUCGCUGCUGAUCUAGACCGAAGCGGAGACAGGCCAAUGGACAUCCUCUCCACAAAGAUUGAGGCAGAGGACUUCUCCACCAGUGACAACUACUCGGAUGGACCCUCGACUCCGUGCACACCCUCCAUGAGCUCGGACAUAACACAGAUGUCCCCUGAGAGCAAGCUGCGCUCCCUGGACAGGAAUGGCAGCGGCGGAGGAGGGGUCUCAGCAGGUAGUGGGGGAGGAUGCUCUCUGAAGAAAGGUCGAGUGUAUUGCAACGCCUGUGAGAAGACAUUUUACGACAAAGGCACAUUGAAAAUCCACUACAAUGCAGUGCAUCUGAAGAUUAAGCACAAGUGUACCAUCGAUGGCUGCAACAUGGUUUUCAGCUCGCUGCGCAGUCGCAAUCGCCAUAGUGCCAACCCAAACCCACGGCUACACAUGCCUAUGAACCGUAACAACCGGGACAAAGACAUCCGGGGCAGCUCGUCUGGUGAUGAGGGCUCUCCAGGAGAGAAGAGGUCAGAAUAUGGAAGCCCUAUCCCCAUCUGCUCUGCAGAAAGCCAUAAGUCAGUGCCCAGCUACAUGGUGAGCCAUGUGGACACUAAACUCCACAACAGCUCGUUCCCCAGUAUGGGCCAGAGUGGCAUCCUCUUCCCUAACCUCAAAACAGUACAACCAGUCUUGCCUUUCUACCGCAGCCUGGUGACCCCAGCAGAGCUCGCCAACACCCCAGGAACCCUACCCUCCCUUCCUCUGUUAUCCUCCUCUGUACCCAUCAAACCAAUCACGGCCCCUGAACUCUACAUGACAGACCCCAUACCAAAGAAAAAGUCUCGGAAGUCCAGCAUGCCAAUAAAGAUAGAGAAGGAGGUGGUGGAGCGAGAUGAGCAGAUGGAUAAGGGAAGCAGCUCUGAGGACGAGGCUCCUUUUCAGGGCAGGGACAAGGAAGAGUGUAGUGUAGAAGGGCAGAUGUGCACAGGACAAGCUGGGGAGGAGAGGGAGGCGAGAGGAGCUUACAUUGGCGAAGAGAGGGAGGGCACCAAGCGUCUGUUGGACCAAACGUUAGAUAGAGAAAUGACAGCGAGAGAGGACAAAGACGAUGAGCCCAGGCCAGCUGAAACAGGGCUCAUCACCUCCGCAUCUCCCCCGUUCGGAGACAGACUGAUGGAGAAUCACUGUGACAACAACUUACUUUGUCAGGAACCCAAUGGCAAUGAAGAAAGGGAGAACAGGGUGCAUUCAAACUCCCAGCAUGCAGCUGACAAGAUUGCAGAGCUCAGAUGGGAUGGCGGCGAGCACAAGCUGACUAAUGGGGACGCUCUCCAGCUCACGGACCGUGAGAGAGAGGGAUCACUCGGCGGUGUAGAUGACUACGGUGACUUAGGCUUGUCUCACCUCGACCCCAAUGCUGACCAGCCGCACCACUGUGAGAUCUGCAGUAAGACCUUUAAGAACCCCUACAGUGUCAAAAUGCACUACCAAAAUGUCCACCUGAAGGAGAUGCACAUGUGCACAGUGGACGGCUGCAAUGCCGCCUUCCCCUCCCGCAGGAGUCGAGACAGACACAGUGCAAAUUUGAACCUGCACCACAAGCUGCUGACCAAAGACUCAUUCAGCCCAGCCAACACCCUAUACUUGCCCUCAUCCCACUGUAGAGACAGAGACCCGGUUGCCCUGGACUACUACCAAGACCAGCGGGACAGAGAUCUACCCCAUCGAGACCCAACCAGCCAGACCUCCGUCAUCUUCCGAGGACACAAUCGUAUGGGCCUGGUCUUCCCAAUGAGCAAAGUGUCUACUGCACCAAACAGUGCUGAGGCAUCUCCUUUUGCAGACAUGGAGGGAUUAGGAGGAGGAGGAGGAGGAGGAGGAGGAGGAGGAGGAGGAGGAGGAGGAGGAGGAGGAGAAGGAGGAGGAGGAGAAGGUGGUGUAAGUGUGGAGGAUGGUGCAGUCCUGGACCUGAGCACCUCCUCCUCUGCCCCACCUCGUGGCAGUGGCAGUGUUCGAUCGUCCUGGGACUCAGAUGGUGCCGGUAGUGAGGAAGGGGUUGAAGAGGAUGAGGAGGUGCUCCGCAUGGAGGACAGUGAUGAAAGCUGCGAUGGGAUCGGCACGGGGAGGCCUGGGGGCGAGGAGUUGGUACUCGCGGGAGAGAGAACCCAGGGCUGCAUUGGGGGAGGACAAGGCGGGCUUCAGGGAGGUGGGGGUGGGUCUCCGAUAACCUGCCAUGUCUGCCAAAAGGUCUACAGCAACAAGGGCACGUUCAGAGCCCAUUACAAAACUGUCCAUCUACGACUGCUUCACAAGUGUAAAGUCCCUGGCUGCGAUACAUCCUUCUCUUCUGUGCGAAGCAGAAACCGGCACAGCCAAAACCCAAACCUUCAUAGGAACCUGGCGGUUAGCUCAGGUUCCACGAUGGACCAGGAGUAGGGAUGUGCGCUAAUUUGCCAACAUGACUGAUUUCCUUGGUUCUAAUUGUCUUUUUGUCGUUGUUGAUGUUUUUGGGCACCUAAAGAAGGCUCACCAAUUAGCACUUUUUAAAUUCCAUUCCAUGUAUAUCCUGUUGCGAUAUUUUGGGGAAAAGGAGAUAACAAAAAUUAAGUUCAAUAAGGAGGUUCAUUUGCUGCGGCAAAUGCAACUUGCUUUUGUACCCAAUGUUUUUUUCUGCAAGGGAAAAAUGAUGUUUGUGUUUCCACAUCAACAUUUAAGAAUAAACGGAACAUAGACUCGAGUCAGUAAAUUCAUUAUCAAUGGUAAUAAAUGCGACCUUAAUGAAUCUCAAUGGUUCCUUUGCAUUGGUUUGCCUUACAGCCCACUUUAGAACUUAAAAAGAUGUGUUUGUACGACCUGAAUUUGUCCUUGUGUUGUCCAAGUGAGAGUUGAGCCAUGAAACUGUAUCAUAAAAGUUCUUUUUCUCUGGUGUUUUUGUCGUCAGAUGUUCACAUCUUCCCUGUGAAGCUGUGCAUAAUGUAUUGAUCACAAGCAGAAGUGAAGUAAAACCUCUACAUGUGUCCUUUCGUUCAUUUGGACAAUGUUUUUUGAAAAAUAGUCUUUGUUGAAAAGCUAUAGUGUUGUGAGCUUGACCAAUAAGUUAUUGUAUGGUGUUAUAUAUGAUCUGUCUUUACUGUUCUGGUUGUUGCAUACUGCUAUUGUUGACCAAAGAUUUUUUCAGUCCACAGGUGUGUAUAGAAAGCCCUUCAUAAUGUGUGAGGGGUAUGCAGUAUUAAAUGGGGCCACCCAGUCUUCUCUCAUCUUCUUUGUGAUUAACAGCAGUAUUCAGGGGGAGGCUCUGUUGUAAAAUAAAACAAAAUUCACCAAAAUAAAACAAAAAAAGAACAGCUUUUGAUUCAUCACGGUAUAAUGAAAUAUCUUGAUUGUGGUGGUGUUUUUGUAAAGAAAUCUGCUCAUGGGACUAGACUUGAUUGAGGCAUUGCUCUUGUAUUGUUUGUGCGGUUGCUUGACUGACUGGACAAUGAGCAGGAAGAUCUGCUGUGUCUGGAGGCUAGAAGCAUGUACUGUGAAUAAGUCAAACACUGAGAAAUAAUCAUUAUAAUAAAAAAUUAUAAUAAUGGCCCCACAUGUGAGCACACCCAAAAAAAACUGGUAAACAAAAUGUUUAUUGACCUGUAUAUUCUGUGAAUAGAGUAAUUUGUUAUCUGAAAGAAACCAAAAAAUAUACUGUAUAAAAAAAGGCUAAUUUCACCUCUAACAUUACUUGUUUUUCUUUUCAUUUUAUUUCAUUUUUUCAAGUACAGUGGACCUCAUGCAAGAGCCACUCAUAUGAACAGGCUUGUACUAGUGAAUUAGCUCAAUUGUAGUGUACUUUGGAGAACUUGCCACAUUUAGUCAUUUUCUUCCAUUUUGAAAUUUCUCUUUGAUAAGAACACAAUUUAAAAGUGACCUGCGUCAGGGGUCAUGUGCAAUCACUCUGCUCUUAACCGAGCUUCCAUCAAAGUUCUUCACAAUUGGCGCUUACUUCAUUAAUUUGAAGCCAUUUUGAGUUGAAAGAAAUCCUCUAAAAAUGACACUUCAUAUUUAUCUUGAAAAUAAUCCUGUUCAUGUUUCCUGCACUUCAAAUUAUAGGCUAACAUAAUUCUAACGUCACCAUUCGUUUACCUUGUCUGUUGAUGCGAUACACUACAAAACGACCUAUGUAACUCACCUUCACGUGGAAGCCUUUAUUCUUCACGACCCUCAGGUGACAAGGCACGGACAGCACUUGUUAUUGUUACGCAUUCCUCGCCUCCAGCAAGUCCCUUCAUUUAACUGAUGCUGACUAAUUACGCUGAUAAAGAAUUAUGGACUUUCCUUUAUGGAUCUCACUAAAAGCAGGACUUCAAUUUACGACAAAUGGGGCAGGACUUGUAGCCGUAUAUGGUAUUAUUGGCCCGUUAAUUAUGCUGAUUUGCAAUUUUCAUUAAUGCAGUCUCAUUUAUGCACAGGUAGCAUUAAUUAUGUUUGUGCUGGUCAUAUACACAUUAUUGGAAGCUAGGAGCAACAAGUUAAGAUACGAAUACCAAAAUGUUCUUGCAUGAGGUCUGUUAUGUUGUACAUGUCGGAUUAUUUCACCACGCUGUAUUGUUCUGUUUUUGCUCUGCA